AUGCUGAGGCGAAAGAUGAGGACAUCCGACAGCCGCUUGAAAGCUACGACGUCGAAUAACGAAGCAGUCGUUCUCGGUGAUUAUCCUCAGGGCUCUGGUGAGAAUGUGAGACCGACUUCUGCGCCAAAGAACAGGCCGCCGAAGGAGCAGCCUUCAGGCCGCAUAGCUUCGAAGUUUAGAAGGAGUAGUGCAAAGUUGCUGUCUAGGUUGGGAUUUUGGAGCUCUGGGAACUCUGAAAAUCUCUCCACCACAUCCACCACAUCGAGUAGCCCCGUGGAUACCAGUACACCAUGUCCCUCUAGCAGCUCAGAUCUAGAAUCAGAUAGGGUGUUGAUCGCGGACGAUUCAGUUUACAUCUCUGAGUUUUCUGAUGAGGCCUCUGUGAAGCACGACUAUCGUCAAAAAAAGUCCUACGUCUCACAUAAAGAUAACUCUAUUGCAGAAACAGACAGCUUGGCCCAAAAACGCUUUGAGAUCAGAAACGAUGUUGAAUCCAAGGUCAACCAAUUUAAUCGGGCUCCAGUUCUGCCUCGCCGACUAUCACAGAAACUGUCAAUCUUUGGGCCGCCGACUGUGAUUCGCCGCACAAGGCCCAAACCUCGAGUCGCAAUUGUUAAUAUGGACGGCUCUUGCCCUGUUGUAUCACGUAGCAAAUGGGACGGCUCAGUACCAUGGAGCACAGAUCCGUCAGUUGAGGAUUCCCCUAUCUUCAGUCAAUCUGACCACCACAGCUCUUUGGAUGGCAUCUCGACUGGCCGUAAUCAAAGAUUACGAGAGCUCCAAGAACACUUACGGGCGUUACCAUUUACUCACGGAGAACGAACGGCGGCGCAAAAGGCAUGGAUUACUCAGGAAAGCGAGCAUUUGCGGCAGUCACGAGUUCUAAAGACUCGAUCAAAUCGCUUUCAUAAGACGGACACUAUCUCGACAGCAGGCUAUGACAUAAUCCGAGUUCUGGGCCAGGGGAGUUUUGGUGUUGUUCAGCUAGUAAAGGAAAAAAGCCUUGAUCGGGACUCGUCAGAUCAAGGAAGAGACGCUAGUAUAGCACUCAGUGAACUCAAAAGUAGCAGAUAUAGCCGGAGGUUUACGACCAGAUCAAGUCGUCUGGCAGAAGGUAACACGUCGCGGAGGACCGUUCAAAGACAACAGGGGAAUGUAUAUGCCAUGAAGGUUAUACGUAAGGCAGAUAUGGUUCGUCAUUGCCAGGAAGGUCAUAUUCGUGCUGAAAGAGAAUUCUUGACCGCAUCUGAGAGAUCAAAGUGGAUUGUGCCGCUCAUUGCUAGCUUUCAAGAUACUAGCCAUCUCUACCUCGUCAUGGAGUACGAGAUUGGUGGCGACUUCUUUGGUCUUCUCAUCCGACAUGGCGUGCUCUCGGAGAGAGAUACCAUGUGGUACGUGGCGGAAAUGAUUCUUUGCGUCGAAGAAGCUCAUCGCCUUGGCUGGAUUCAUCGAGAUGUGAAACCUGAAAAUUUUCUAAUCUCUGCAUCUGGACAUCUGAAACUUGCGGAUUUCGGCCUCGCUUUUGAUGGUCAUUGGUCUCAUAACCAAGCAUAUUUUAAUAAUCAUCGGUACUCCUUGGUUUCUAAAUUGGGUAUUGAAAUCAAGGGCGAUGCUGAGGAUCAGUCUGAGAAUCCGAAGUCGCAACAAACAGAUACAAACCGGUUCCAGCAAGAGGGGAACGAGGCAUUUGUGCCUCAAGUUGGUAAGCACAUGCUUGAUUGGCGUGACCGGAACGAGAAAAGACGUUUUGCUCGAAGUAUUGUGGGGACAAGUCAGUACAUGGCACCUGAAAUUAUAUCCGGGGAACCCUAUGAUGAGCCCAAGAAUUAUCACCCCCAAGCUAGGCACGUCUAUAGUGACGAUGCUCGUGACAUCAAGGCCCACCGAUUCUUCCGUCAAAUUCCUUGGGGUGAAAUGCUACAUCGUCGUCCUCCAUAUAUACCAGAAGCAAAGAGCUGGGAAGACACCAACUAUUCUGAUAGAAGCAAUCUGGACUUCAUAGAUGUACCCAUUCUACCACAAGGAAAACACCAGUUAAUGAAGGACGCCUCAGUGCCCGAGUCCGAGCCUGAUCCGCUGGCAAUAGUAUGUCAGGAAAAAGCAGAAGACAACUUGAAUGCGGACAAAGUCGACGUUGAGAAGACCGCGGCCAGAAAAAGGAAGAACAAAGAGAGAAAAAGAGCCCGUGAUAAAAUUCUUCGAGAUGCAGUCGUUGGCCCAACAGCCCUAAACCUGCGAACGAAGGCGGCCUUUGUAGGCUAUACCUGGCGGCGGCCAAAAUCAGUGAGGAACGUUUUAGAGAUAGAACGUGGUAGGAGUUUGGUGACUGGUCGUUUCUAA